UUAGCCGAACGCGAAGGUGUGUCGGAAGAAAAAAUUAAGGAAAUAAUUAUGGACUCCUUUCGCAAAUCAUAUUGUAAAGGGGAAAAUGCUGGGGCCGAGUUACACUUUGAAUUUGAUUCCAGGCUGUCAGUUUACCGACAUUAUAAAAUAGUUGAUAAACUCAAUGACCCGGAAAAAGAAAUAGCCUCUGAUAAUAAAUUAUUAAAAGAAGGAACAAUAAAAGAUGAUAAUUUUUUGCUUCCUUUGGAUAUUGAAAACUUGUCUCUUGCUGUCAACCAAGAAAUUGAAGACCGUUUGCGAAAGGACGUUGGAGAAAUCGAAGGUGAAAUAAUUAAAGGCAGUAUUAAAAGCCUUCAAGACAAGAAACAUGAAAAUUAUUACGCUGUUGACUUGGGAAAAGUAAAAGAAAAAUCCAGCGAGGACACUCCACAAAUUAUUUUAACCCGAGCAGAUGAUUUAUUUAUUCGCAAAUUGCUCGAACAAGAAAUACCCCAGUUAAAAGAAGGAUUAAUAAUUAUUCAUAGUAUUUUGCGUUUGCCGGGAUUGAUAAGUAAAGUAAUAGUAGAAAAAGGUCCAGUGGCAAAAGAGGAAUCGUUGCAUAUUGGACCAGCCGGAACCUGUAUCGGUGAAGGGGGAGAGAAGGCAAAAUCG